UAUGGAACUUUUGGGCAUAGGACGACAUUGCGCUAAUCCCAAUUGCAAACAAUUAGAUUAUCUCCCAACUAAAUGUCAAUACUGUAGAAAAGAAUUUUGUUUCGAUCAUUCAAAGCCCAGCGAACAUAAUUGUAACGAUGCUCCUAGCGGAGACGGCGAGCGAGUUCCAACCUGUCCCUUGUGUGGUAUACCUGUUCCAAUCGUCAGAGGCGAGGACCCCAAUGUUAGAAUGGAACAACAUAUAGCGAAAGGUUGUCACCCACCACCCGCAACUAUUUCUUCGAAGCCGUUCAACUCUUGCUCUUUUAGUAGAUGCAAAGAAAGGGUUGCUAUCCGUUUGACUUGUACAGGAUGUGGCAAAAACUAUUGCAUAAAACAUCGUCUAGAACCCGAUCAUAUGUGUGAUAAAAUGAAAAAGGGUAAUAAAAUAAAGCCAUCCGCUUCAGAGUUGAAACAAUUUUAA